AUGCAAGGCGUGACGUCCAGAGAGACGCACUUCCGACUCGUCUCCGCGCGCCGCCGCUCCAGGGUCAACGUCGUCUCCGAGGCCUUCAAGGGCAAGAUGCAGCCGGCCAGGCAUCGCAUGAUCUACUCCCUCAUGAAGGAGGAGAUGGCCAGGGAGGGUGGCAUCCAUGCGCUUCAGCUGCGCACCCGCACCCCGGAGGAGGAGCAGCGCGCCAUGUCCGCCCCGGUCACUUGUCGCUCGUAG